UCGAUGCUGUCUGUAGCGACAAGCUUGGCCUGUCUAGCUGCUGUCGUGGUCGUCUGGCUCAUGAAUAACUCAACAGAAAGCUCAAAGCCGAAACAGAUAAAUGCGAGUUCUGUUGAAUUUCAGUUGUUUGAUACUACAAACGUCACAAUGGCUUCACCGUCUGCUCACCUGUUUUUAAUCCCGCCAAAGUCAGACGACACAGGAGAGAGGCUCAAGUUUAAUGGGUUUGUGGUGGUGAACAUCUCACGUGCAAAUGCAACCAACUCAUUGGUUACUCACCAAACAAACGUCGACGUCAUCUCUGGUCAGGUGACCAUACUGACGUCAGGCCUCUACGUCAUCUACUGCAGCAUCUACUUUAAGCCGGACAGUGCGAAACCUUGUCGGUCUUUUAAACAGCAGGUUUGGGAAGCGCGAAUGGUGUUGUCAAGACAUGGUAAAACAAAACCUGUUUUAAGAUUAUUUCAUACCUGCUGUAACAACUGUAUGCGGGAAAAAAAUUCACAGUUUGAAGCCGGAGUGUUUCAGCUCACAACCGGAGACCGGGUCUUCGUGGAGGUAUCCGGUGAAGGUGUGACGGAGUUUGAUGAGCAUUCAAGUUUUUUUGGGCUUGUGAUGGUGGGCUUGUGAU